AUGGCCAGCUUCCCAGAACCACCGCCAGGCUACAAAGCACACCAGGAAGCCUCCACACAGAUCCUCAUCAAGCUGGAAAACGAGCAGCAACCCUCAGAAGCAUUCAUCAACCCCGUCCAGGAAUACAACCGAGACCUCUCAAUCGCAGCCAUCAAGGCCUGGAGCUCGAACGGAAAUGGACAGCCUCACGAACCAAUCAUCAGCGGAAAAAGAACCACAAACGCCCCGCCGGCCUGCCUGACCCCCAUCCUCACAACGCCAAAAAACUCAAACAAGAAGCAGACUAGCAGCAUGAUCCGACCACUAUGGCAGAAGAGCCUAUCGAUCAUUGCGAACGAUUUGUCCCCCUCGGCCGUCGCCUUGAUCAAAGCUAACAUCACCCACAACGGGCUUGAUCCCGGGGACCCAGCGACCCAGGAGGCCAAGGUGCGGGUGACCCAGGGCGACGCGUGUGACUUGAUGUAUUCCCAUCGGCCCCCCGAUCGCCAAUUCGACGUCGUAGAUCUCGUCCCCUAUGGCACUGCAGCCCCGUUCAUCGAUGCUGCAGUACAAUGUGUCCGAAACGGCGGUGAGAAUGAGAUCUUUCAAGAGAAUCUCGCGCUGACUAUUGAUGAUGUUGUAUUUUGCCCAGGCCUCUUGCGUGUCACUCGUACAGAUCUGGCGGUCCUAGCCGGAAGCGCCUAUCCCGAAAAAUGGUCAGUUCAUCAACAACCGCUAUUUCAAAGCGGAAGCUCAUGGUCUGGCAUUUUAUUUUGGGUGCCACGUGUGAAGCUUCUCGAACUGUGGAGGAAGUUCGAUGCGCGCGGAAUAUUCACACGAGUAUGCGCUCCGGCAAGUGAUUCACAGCUUGGCCAGUUCGGCGGCGAGGUACGGCAAACAGAUCACGCCCUGACUAUCAUUGUCGAUCGAUUUCUAUGUGCGCAUCUUUGUCCGGGUCUCCAAUCCUCCCGCAGAGGUCAAGAAAUGUAUCACGCCCUAGGCAGGACGAAUACCAAGCCAACAAAGGCGGGUCGUGGGACCAAUGCCUCGUGCCAGAACGCGUGUGGGCCGCCAAUGCCGGGCGCAACGUGCGAGGAGUGUGGCGGCAAGCUUCACGUUGCGGGGCUGCUGUGGAGCGGACCCUUGCACGACCCGGGGUUCUGUGACAAGAUCCUGGAGGUGGUCGAGGCUGACCGGGAGCCGUUGAAGACGGCGGAGCGGAUCCGCGGGAUGGUCGGGCUGGCCAAUUGCCCUUUUGGGAAAGUGAGCUCCAGAGGCCCCGUUUUUUUUUUCACCCCGGCCAAGCUCUGGGGGCUCUUCAAGUGCACAUCGCCCUCCCUCUUGACCGUCGGCUGGGCUAUCCUGAACGCCGGCUUCACCCUCUCUAGGUCGUAUUGUCAGCCCGGAUCGAUCAAGACUGACGCCCCCAGGGCCUUCAUCCACGACCUCAUGAAGACCUGGAUCGAUGCUCAGACGGCGCCCAACCCCAAGCCUGUAGAGCCAGCCCCCGUCUUGCAGGCCGGUCUGGACCCGGAUCCGGCCGGGGUGGUUGGUGGUCCGAAGUCUGCGGAUGGCGGUGAUGCUCGAAACAAGUAUGAGGAAGUAAAAGAUGGAGGAGCAAAAGAUGCUCACGUAAACGAUGACGAGGUGAAAGAUGGAGACGUAAGAAAUGGUGAGGUGAAGGGUGGUGCAUUCAAAGAUGGAGAAGUGAAUAAUAAUGGCCAAGUGAAAGAUGGCGAAGUAGAAGAAGAAGAGAAAAGCGCAGUUCGAGGAACGGGGGAGCCGAUAAGACAGAUAUCAGAGGCAUGUCGCGCUCAUGGCGCCAAGAACUCGACGAACCCGCGUCUGGCCGGCUUACUUUCCAGACCAUGCAGGUAUCAAGUCGACCUUUCGUACAUCAAACAGGUCGAGAAACAGCUCUUGACUGGCCUCGAAAUCGUCCGCUACCAGGCUAACCCUGCGCCCAAUUGGAAAGCGCGCGCGCUUAAGAAGUAG